AUGCUCAUUGAAAAAGAUAACGAAUCUCAGUCAAAUUUUGUUUGUGAAAAUUUAACAUCAGCCGAGGCAAUUCAGCUGAAUAGCUCUUUUUCAUCAGAACAUAGUGCUACAUUAAUCUCUGCAGUUAACAAUACAUCCCAACUAUCAUCGGACUUAUCAGAAAAAGUUUUAUCACCUCCGCUACCACCUCCACGGACUUUAAAACGAUCAAUUUCAAAAAAAAGGAAAAAUGAAGUGUCGAAUACAACAUAUCUUGAUAAUGCUCUAAAAAAAUUAGACAAAAUAUCUGAAAAACAACACAACCGUUGGAAAUGA